AUGGCGCGUUGGAUGGUUGCGAUCUUGUUAUUCGUCGCGUUAGCACUAGGAAGCGCCGACGCACGUGUGGAGAUGAAACGUCAAGGCGGGACAACGACGACCACUUCAUCGCCUGAUACAGCGUCAAGCACAAUCGCAACGACAACAGCAACAGUGUCAUCACCGCUUUCGGGCUCACCGACCGAAACCAUCGGCCACUCUUCGCUUUCCCUCCCACCGGGCCCAAUAAGCACAACCAGUUCCGGCAGCGCAUCACUAACAACCUUCACCACAACCUUCUCUCAACCUCCUAUCACAUCCAUAGUCACUUCGACUUUGCCCGUCUCGUCGGGUACGAACUCAGGAAAUACCACGGAGGCAUCCACUUCGACGUCGAGCUCGUUGACAAGCUUGACACUUACUGUCCCGCCUGCUACGAGUACUGGACCAGCAAGCGCGUCUGCUACUGUGACCUCGACUCGUUCUAUUGUACCAGUAUCGACUAGUAACGCUGCUGCUCCAGGUCUCCAUCAGCUUACUCUCAGUAGUUCUGGGUUGCUGGGCACAGUCUUGGGUUCCUUCUUCAGUAUAAUCAUUGGCACACUUUUGCUCUGA